GGGCUGCCACUCCCCGUCCAGCACCAGGACUCACUCGGGCUUUCGGGGCUCCUCCUUGCCAGUUGCUCGCGCUCCAGACGGCCUGGCUCUCCCCACGCCCAGCGCUGUGGUGAGGCCGUCGGCUAAAUCUCAGUUGGGGGGCCUUUCCACGGCUCCAGGGCUCUUCCAGCUCUCAGGGUCCCCCCACUGUGGGUGGUUGGUUGCUGUGGUCUUGAGUGUCGUGCAGUGUGUGUGUGUAAACGUCGCAGGUGGUACAUGCUUGUUGUGUAUCCUCGCUUGAUAUGUUUUUAUUGUUUUUUGAGAGAGGGAAGGGGGGAGAGAGAACAUCCAAAUGAGAGAAACAUCGGUUGGUUGCCUCCCGCACGCACCCCAACCGGAUGGAACUCGCAAUGGCCAGGGCGCGUCUUUACGAAUUGAAGGCAGCACCAGAAGAAAGACACUCACUGUGUUGUGACCCCGUCUCUGUGGUGGUCGCCGAGGUGACCUGCAGGAGGUCAUGGGCGGCAGGCAGUUUCUUCCCAUGUCUCCCAGGAGGCUGUGCUCGCUGUGUGGAUGCGGGUUCCUUCCGGAACUUGGCGAGACUCCCUCCAGCGCCUGCCUCCUGCCGGGACCACAGUCCCCAGGGACAGGUCCUCAGGCGUAGAAAUGCAGCAAACCAGCGGAGAGAGGGCGGGGUUCCUCAAGGAAUGAGGCGAGUGUGGUCUGUCAGGGCAGCGUGCCGCCUGCCUGCAGGCUCUGGACCGAGAUCUCAGGCCGAUGGAGUUGAGAAAUCAGACUGUGGCUCGGGGAAGGGCUGGGUCCACAUACCUGCCUUCUGUCACCUGAUCUCCGUGACAUUGGAUCAAACACGGGAACGUUUCUGUGAAGAAAUCGUGGAUGCUCGUAGGACACGAGAGAGAAAGACUGAAUGACUUCACGUCCGGGGGCAGCAUCCUGAGCACUCGCUGCUCGGAGACGCAUGAGACCAAGACGGCGCUCAUCAGCCUGUUCGGCAUCCCGCUGUGGUACUUCUCCCAGUCGCCCCGCGUCGUGAUCCAGCCGGACAUCUACCCAGGGAACUGCUGGGCAUUCAAAGGCUCACAGGGGUACCUGGUGGUGCGGCUGUCGAUGGAGAUCCACCCGACCAGCUUCACCCUGGAGCACAUACCAAAGACGCUGUCGCCCACGGGCAACAUCACCAGCGCCCCCAAGGACUUCUCCGUCUACGGACUAGAAAAUGAGUAUCAAGAGGAAGGGCAGCUGCUGGGACAGUUCAUGUUCGACCAAGAGGGGGAGUCGCUCCAGACCUUCCCCGUCCCGAAAAGACCUGAAAGAGCUUUCCAAAUAGUGGAACUUCGGAUUUUUUCUAACUGGGGCCACCCUGAGUACACAUGUCUCUAUCGGUUCAGAGUGCACGGAGACCCUGUCAAGUAGAGACGCCCCUCACUGCUGUACAUUCUGUACAUACGGGGCAGCCCGAGACACGGGACCUUCCUUCGUGAGCAAGGGUGUGGGACAUGUGACGUCCCCUGUUCAAUAAACGCUGCUGACUGCCAGCAGGACACGGGACUUAGCAAUGACUGUUGUGCCGCCCCUUGCUGUUCUAUGGGAAGCUGCGUGUUGAGGGCUUGGGUUUACGGAGACCCGUUAGCCACAGGUGAUCUCAGAAAUUCAUUUGAAUGUAUGGUUCACAAAGACACUUUGUUUGGGGGAUUUGUUUUUAAACAUAAAGCUGUUUAUAUUCCUUAUUUUCUUGACAUCAGGAACAAAGCAAAUGAUGUUAAAAGGUU